AUGGAUGAUCCAUAUGUAAAUUGUACUAAUUCUACAGCCACGUUAUGGUUAUAUGAUUUAGACAUAGAAGAUGUUAGUUGGAUCAUAACUAGUUCGUUCAUGAUAUUUACUAUGCAAACAGGAUUUGGAAUGCUGGAAUCAGGGUGUGUGUCAACCAAAAACGAAGUUAAUAUAAUGAUGAAAAAUGUGGUAGACAUCGUUUUGGGAGGAUUUACGUACUGGGUUUUUGGCUAUGCUUUUUCAUUUGGAAGAAGCGACUAUAACACUCCAUUUAUGGCGUUCGGAGACUUUUUUAUAGACCCUUUAAUUACCGAUCCAUUAAAAGGAUCAAUCUAUACCGCUUUUUUGUUUCAAAUGUCUUUUGCAACUACUGCCACAACCAUUGUUAGCGGAGCGAUGGCCGAAAGGUGCAAUUUCAAGGCCUACUGUUUGUACAGUUUUUUGAACACGAUCGUUUACUGCAUUCCUGCAGGAUGGGUUUGGGGCGAUCACGGGUUUCUAAAAAGAAUGGGGGCAGUAGAUAUUGCUGGAUCGGGACCUGUCCACUUAGUCGGCGGAUUUUCAGCAUACGCGAGCGCUUUGAUGUUAGGGCCAAGAACAAAUCGCUAUACCAGUGGAAAUAGCCCAUUACCCAUGGGAACCCCCGUCAACGCUGUUUUAGGGUUGUUCGUACUUUGGUGGGGUUGGCUUGCGUUUAAUUCAGGGAGCACGUACGGGUUCACUGGUGAAAAAUAUAGUUACGCAGCAAGGGCGGCAGUGAUGACGAUAAUGGCAUCGUUUGGGGGCGGCUGUACGAGCCUAAUUUACUCUAUAAUACGAUUAAAAGGUAACACCGACCCUCUUGAUGUAAUAAAUGGAAUUUUGGGUUCAUUAGUUUCUAUAACCGCCGGCUGUUUUCUUUAUCAAGCAUGGGAAGCACUUUGUAUUGGUGCAAUUGGAAGCUUAUUGGUUUGUUUUUCUAUGCCGUUAUUUGAUAAGUUUGGAGUAGAUGAUCCCGUGGGAGCUAGUUCUGUACACGGCGUAGGAGGGAUGUGGGGCGUGAUAGCGGUGGGAAUAUUUGCUGACAACCCUUAUCCUCUCACCACUACAAACGGACGAAGCGGUUUGCUCAAAAGUGGAAGUUGGCACCUUCUUGGCGUGCAAUGUUUGAGCGUUCUUUGCUUAAGUUUGUGGGCGUUUACGACAUCUGUCUUUUUAUUAUGGUUCAUCAAUCUCAUGAUAAAAAUUCGAAUGGAUAAAGACGAGGAAUUAAUUGGAGCUGAUUUAACAGAACAUGGAAUUAAACAUACUCAGUUUUUUCACUAA